UUCAGACCGCCAUCUGUCACCAUGAAGACAUCAGUUUGACGUUGAAAUUUGGCUAAAGGCCAUCAUGGCACAGAUGUAUUAUCUUUAGCUCGUAAUCUAAAAGAUGAUGAUGAUGAUAAUGAUUUCAACCUCAAUAGACAGAAAUUCAACCCAGUGGUUUAUUGCUGGGUAACAUUGCAGCAAAAAAGCAAAUAAUACGUUUUGUUCCAUCUCCUCCCUGUGUGUGUGUGUGUAUGUGUGUGCGUGUGUGUGUGUCGGACUUCUACAGGCACUUUUGGAUUAGUCUCUAUGGAAACUGGAGUUUCUAAAUUGCAAGAUUUUUUCUUCCUUGUUUUCCUUAAAAGAAACUCACUGUACCAGUUGCCGCAGUGUGAACCUGGCUCUGACUCAUGACACUGUUUGUUUUUCCUAAAGAGUUGUUUGCACACUUUUAUGUCACGAUAGUCCAUACUUGAUAUUCAAACACUUAUUGUUGCUGUGUUUGGGGCGUGGAGCUGUUGCAGGGCAAAACCAUUCAAAUUUCAAUAUAUUCAUUUUUUUGUGCCGCAUGGGAAAAAUGUAUUAUUAUAUACUGUAGAAUAGCAGUUUAAAAAUAAAGUCCAGUGGAGAUUUGAAACAGCAGUGGUAAAUGUGCCCUGACAGUAGCCCUAGCCACAGAAGGAGUUCCUGCAGAAAACCACUGUUAGCACUUUAGCAUUUGUCUCUUGAGACAUAUUCUCAAUUAAUAAACAACCAGAGACAUAUGAUGUGUCACAGCAGGGGACGAUGGAGUCACAGCGAGAACUAAAGCAGGAAAGAAUCCCUGGAAUGUAUCAUAGGGUCCAACACCCUGAGGUUACAUGGUAGUGCAGUAGGCGGGGCUAUUAACAUGACAUCACAGGAGGUGAUUCGGAGGAAGGGGGUGGGGUGGGGGUUUUAAAGAGAGAUAAAAAGCUCACUCACCUUCAACACAUUCAAAACACAACUCAGUGUGAAGAUAUACAUCAGUAUUUCCAUCAGAGAAGGCUCCAUCUGCCAACAGCCAUGUCUGCUCACGUCAGCAUUCUGCUGCUCAUCACUCUCUGGGCUUCACUGCAGGAAGGUUUGGGAGUUCCAGUAAGGAAAGAGAUGGAGGAAGAGUCUGUCGAUGGUCAUCCAGUACAACAGAGAAUCAGAACCAAGCGAUGCGCUUGUAACAACAUGCUGGAUUCUGAGUGCCACUACUUCUGCCACCUGGACAUCAUCUGGGUCAAUACACCCAGUAAAACCACAGUUUAUGGUCUUGGCAGCACAGUACCCCGUCGCAAAAGGUCCAAUACCCGCUGCACCUGUAUUAACCCCGGUGAUCAAUCAUGCACCAGCUUCUGUCAUAACAGCCCUGUAAUCAAACCUCAGAGACAGCAGGACCAGAACACCAGCAGAUCCAGGAUGUCAAAGGUUUCAUCAGUGGUGACUCUUCUGAAGCUCAUAGCAAAAACACUUGCCGUACAAAGUGGCUGAUGACGAUCAAGAAUCAAAGAGAUAAAGAGGACAGCGAGCAGCUGAACAAAUGACUCUCCUUUGAUGGAAACAUGGGAGAGAAAGAGCUGCUGAAAGAUGUGUCGGGCGCCGGGAGGCCACAAAGACGUCUGUGUGUACCUGGAGGCAGACAGUGGAAAAACACACCAGGGUUUCAUAGACACAUCACGGAAACCAGUGUGGUGGGUGGGCACAGAGAUGAGUUACUACUCAUGCUGUGCUGUGGUCGUGCUUGACUCGCACUGCCAGGUAGGACAAAGGAGUGAAACCAAAGACUGCUUCACACUUAGAGUACUGGACUUGAGUUUAGUACUUUUAUGGUAACUGACUUCUGUAGUAUCCAGAAAAGCUGAUAGGUCUAAAUGUUGAUGACAUCAUUAUCAAAGGUAGAUAUCCAUUACAAUUGAAAUCAAAAUUGAUUUUUUAAGACAUUUUACUGAUCAGAGUUGAACCAACACAGGACAUACAGAAACGGCCUUAUCAAAUUAUGGCCCGUGGACCACAUGUGGCCCUUACACAUCCAACCAUAUUUCCCAUACCUUCAUUUGAGGUGGAUAAACUUCUUGGCUCCCAGGCCAAAAUGAGGUUCACAAUAUGACUGGCAGACUGAUUCAGUGUGGGUUGGAUGUGGAAUGCUGGGUGAAAUAUUUUAAAUAAAAUUAACAAGAACAUUUCUGUAGUUUAGAUGCCACCAUUUAGUGGCUCCACCAGAAAUAUGAAACAGAAAGAUUAACACCAGUCUUUACUGUAUCUUAUAUCAGUGUGUGGCAGACCGGAUUAGAAGUCCAGUGUGCUGUAGCUGGCCCACGAGCCAUAGUUUGCCCAGGUCUGACCUAUAUGGUUACGCACAACCUAAUGGAACCUCGUAUGCAUUAAGAUUUGGUUGAAUUACAACUGAAUUCAGUCACCUGACCCGGUAGAAGGUGUUGUGUAUUAUUGGAUAACUUUUGUAAUGAAGUGCUACAGAAAACUGGGUUACAACCCAAACACUGAAGUUCCUGUCCCAGAGAUCAGUCAUGUAGAACCUUUGACUGUGUAAACAUUUGGAACGUUGUUCAUUGAAUAGAGAGCAUUUUGUGUUGUGUAUGUGUGCAGUUGAUACAACAUCAACGUCUAUCUUGAUGUCUCCAACUGAAAACACUGUAGCUUAUAAUCUUUUAUAUCUAACAACAGUUCAGUGUUAUAAAAAAAUAAAAAUAAAUAAAUCACCAACUUGACCUGUGUUCUCUGAUAGGCUUAAAAGUUUCAGCCUCCUGUGUUUGCUUUAGUCGAGUGCACUGUGUAAAGAAAGUGAUUACAGUAAAGAAACCAAAGAUGAAGAGUAAUUUGUGGGAGAAUAAAUCCUCUUAGGCGGCAUGUGUGAUUCAAUUGUGUGACAAGCAAACACAUUUCUAAGUUCAAACAGAGGCCUGGGAUGGAUGAAUGGUCCAGGAAUUCAAGCUUCACAGUGAUAAUAAGUUUACCUGCUUUUCAAAGACAGCGUGGCCUGUGUUAUCACAGGGAUCUGUGGAAAGAAUGCUGCAUUUGGCUGUUUUGCUCAGGGGCCGAGGAAGAGGCACAAAAUGCUUUGUCAGUCAAUGUUCCUCUCUGAUUUCUAACUACGUGUGCUGUCCGUGCACACCUGAGGAUUUAGCAGCUGGGGCUGCAGACACCGAGUGCUGGUUGAGGAUGUAGCAAAGUGACCAGUUCAGAUUCAUACACCUCUGAUUUCCGGCAGUUGAUUUUUUUUUGCUUCCGAGCAUUCAUUUCAUUCCUGAUAUUUAUCUUUUUGUGGAGACCCUAAAGCAGUUUUUACAGAACAGGUCUGAGCAGAGUCACAAUCGUAGGUAGACGAGGUCUGAGCCGCGGGGGUCUGCAGUCAAACGCUUCAGGGAACGAUUGAUUGACAUGAUGAUUUAGCUGUUGUCUCUCAGGGGAUAAAUAAAUAAAAAAAACUGGUGUGCUUGCGUACAGGAAUGUUUUUUAUUCUAACUGGAUUCAGUCUUUUC